AUGAGUGACGUCGAGAAGAUCUACGUUACCUACAACGAUGUCCACAAGCUGUGCCAGAAGUCGGCCGACCGUCUUCUGGGCGAGUUCCAGCCCCAGCUCAUGAUUGCCAUCGGCGGCGGCGGCUACAUUCCCGCCCGGAUCCUGCGAUCUUUCCUCAAGAAGCCCGGGUCUCCCAACAUCCCCAUCCAGGCCAUUGGCCUGUCCCUGUACGAGUCCCUCGGCGAGGAUACCGAGGUCGAGCAGAUCGGCAAGAAGGUCACCCGUACCCAGUGGCUCGACCUCACUGCCCUGGGCCAGAUGGAGAACCUGGUCGGCAAGCGCAUCCUCAUUGUCGACGAGGUCGACGACACCCGAACGACCCUGGAAUACGCCGUCAAGGAGCUCGAGAAGGAUGUCGAGGCGGCUCGUCAGCGCAUGGGUGGUGACCAGCCCAAGACGGAGUUUUGCAUCUUUGUUCUCCACAACAAGGACAAGCCCAAGAAGGGCGUUUUGCCCCACGACAUGAUUGCCACGCGAUACGAGGCUGCCGUCACCGUUGGCGAUGCCUGGAUCAACUAUCCUUGGGAGGCGAUCGAUAUUGAUGAGCACGACAGGAAUGCCGAGACCAAGAGCGGGAUUUAA